GAUUUUCCCGCUAAGUAGAAAUGGCAGAGAAGAUUUGAAAUGUGGGGUGAAAGUGAAAAAGUAAGGUUGGGGAAGUGAGAAAGAAAAGCAAGGGUGAUAAUGGGGAAGAAGGCAGCAAGAGCAAGCGAGUACGAGAAUGUUCGAAACGCUCGCAUGUUAGAGAACCAAGCUCGCCUGGAGUCUCUUGGGCUUCUCAAAACCGUUUCAGAGCUCAGAAAGCAUCACAACUCUCCAAAACCGAAACCAAAGAAACCCAACCAAAAGAAGCUCUUCGCUCUCACACCAUUGCGCCGCUCUCAAAGACUCAAUCGCACUAACACUCUCCCACCCUCCCCGAAACAAGAGAAGGAGGAAACUGAAAUCGAUCGGGAAGAGAAAGAAGAGGAGGGGGAGGAGUUUAGGCCUGCGAAUGCACCUUUUGUUAAAAUAAGUAUUGAACAGCUUCAGAUUCUAGAAGAAGCUUCUCCGAGGCGCUGCAAUCGGAACGGCAGAGGCAGUAUCUACAAUCCCACUUUGGGGAUAUGCUGCCAUUUCUGCAGGCAAAAGACACUCUGCAGUGAAGAAGAUUGCCAAAGAUGUGGCAAUUUUGAUGUGGAUGAGCCAUGUCUAGGGAAGACUGAUUGUUCUGUCUGUCACUCUAGCCAUGGUGUUUUCUGCAGAGCAUGUCUCAAGGUUCGAUAUGGUGAAGAAAUGGAGGAAGUGAGAAAGAACAAGGAUUGGAUGUGCCCACAUUGCGUAGAAGAAAAAGGAAUAAACCCUUUCUGGGUAUGCAACAGCUCAAUUUGCCUGAGGAAACGGAAGAUAGCUCCAACCGGUUUAGCAAUAUAUAGAGCUCGGGAAAUGGGAUACAAAUCAGUGGCACAUCUACUAAUGGAAGAACUAAAAAGUGGAAAGCACAAAAUAUAAGGGAUUCCCAUGUAACGUUCGUAUGUAUUACGUAAGCAACAAUUAUUAGUUUUUCUAUGUAUCCUAGUAGAAAAUUUGACAUGAUCAUGUUAAA